AUGUUCGCGGAAGCUGAGCAGCAGCAAUUCGGGUUACACGCUGGUUUCAGGACGACAGCGGGUCGCGAUAAGCCUGGCCAGGAACAUGCGAGCGGACGAGUUCGAACCCGAGGUCGACGUUGGGCGACGCGUCGGGCGCGCGAAAUUGUGGCCACCGCCUCUUUGCGACCGACUCUGACUGAUUUUGCCUCCGCUUCGUCUUGGUUGACCUCUGCCAGGGACAAGGUCAUGAACGUUCGGGAGUACUUGAUCGACAUUACCACUGCAGCUAUCUGCCGGCGAGACACUAGCUGGCUGUCAUAUGCUGCUGGUGCUCCGGAGCAGGCGGACAUCAUUACUGCACACGACCCGCCCCAUCUUCUGGGCAAUCCAACAAACGAGAAGGACUUCACCACCGCCACGACCACCCCCGUCUUGAGCGAUCAUUCAACCUUAUCCGACCUGCGCCAUGCCGACGACGCCCUCCUCGCAAAGCUCGGCUACAGGGCUGAGUUCAAGCGCGAGUUCUCCCUGCUAGAGACGAUUGCUUUCGCCUUUUCCAUCAUGGGGGUGAUCGCAUCGGUAUCGUCCACCUUCUCGUUCCCACUUGUAUCAGGUGGUCACGUCGGCAUGAUCUUUGGGUGGUUGAUCCCAUGUCUCUUCGUCCUCACAGUGGCCGCCUCCAUGGCCGAGCUGGCCUCGUCCAUGCCGACGAGUGCCGGACUGUAUUAUUUCUCUGCUAAACUUGCCCCACCAAAGUAUUCUGCCCUCGCGAGCUGGAUCACCGGCUGGGCGAACAUCACUGGCCAGGUGACACUUGUCUGUUCCAUCGACUUCACCUGCGCGCAGAUGAUUACGAGCGCGAUAUCUGUAGGCUCCGAUGGCGCUAUAAACUUGGGCACAGGCCCUACCUACGGUAUCCUUCUCGCCAUCCUCUUCACACACGGCAUUGUGUGCUCCGCUGCGACUAAUAUCCUUGCACGACUGAACCUAUUCUAUGUGAUCGUGAAUCUCGGGACGUCUAUCGCAGCGAUUAUUGCUCUACUUGUAUGCUCUGGAGAUAACAGAGUCUCGACCAAAGAUGCCUUUACAAUGUUCGAGAACAACACGGGGUGGUCUGACAGCGGCUGGGCAUUUUUGCUCGCGUUCACCGCACCGAUGUGGACCCUGACUGGCUAUGAUUCCGCAGCGCACAUCUCAGAGGAGACGGCAGGAGCAGCUCGAGCAGCACCCAUUGCUAUCCUCAUCGCCGUCAGCGCCACCGCAUCCCUGGGAUGGCUCCUGCUCAUCGCUGCGUCCUUCGCGACUGCAUCCGUGCCGACGCUCCUCGAGACGACGCUUCCACUGCCGAUGGCCCAGCUGUUCUAUGACGUGUUGGGCAAGCACGGAAUGCUUGCGAUAUGGAGCUUCAUUAUCGUCGUUCAGUACGUGACUGGAGCGGCGCAGGGAGUUGACGCCUCCCGAGUGGUGUUUGCGUUUGCCCGGGACAACGCGCUCCCCGGCUCGCGCUGGUGGAAGCGCAUGAACCCGCACACGCAGACCCCGGUCAAUGCCGCGUGGCUCGUCAUGGUGCUCGCAGGGAUCUGCGGUCUCCUCGGCUUCUCGGCCACGGCGCUGUCGUCCCUUGCCGGAGCAUCUGUCAUUGGUUUGUACACGUCCUACGUGACCCCAAUUUUCCUUCGCAUCACGUCGGGGCGCAACAAACUCGUCCCGGGGCCUUUUUCUCUCGGAAAGUGGUACAUGCCGAUAGGUGCCAUCGCCUGUGCGUGGGUGGCAUUCAUCGUCGUACUGCUGCUCUUCCCAUCAUAUCAGUACCCGACGGCCGCGACGAUGAAUUAUGCCGUCGUGAUCAUCAUGGCCGUCUUCGUGUUCGCGUCGGCGUCGUGGAUCCUGUCUGCACACAAGUGGUUCAUAGGUCCCAUCAAGAACGUAGACGACAGCGCGACGACGACGUUCGAGGAGAAGCAGCAGAGUUCGUAG